GGUUCAGGGCAGGGUACUGGGCGGAGGUCAGCUAGUGUUUAACAGUCUGGUGGCCUGGAGAUAAAAGCUGUUUCUCAAUCUCUCGGUUCCAGCUCAUCAUUUGUAGUGGAUACUGGACCAAACUGUGGCGAAUGGAUUAAUGCACGCGCUGCUGCUCAUCACUCAAGACUGAAAUUAUAGACGGAGCAAUUAUUGAAAUUAUGUUAGUAAAAGACGGGGCGUAUUUUGAAAGAAGAGGAAGGCUCAAGACAAGGUGAUGAAACUCCGAACAUUCUAUAUUGAUAUUUUGCCACCAUAUGUUCACGACACCACGCUAUGCAUAGAAACGUUCCUGGAUUAGGGGAGAAUUAACACAAAGCAAAGACGCCACUUCAGCUGCGGUCUGAAACAAGGGAAUCGAGUGAGCAACGGGGCGAAGCCGCACGCCAGCUGCUGCUACUGAAACACACCAGUGUCCAGAAGAAGACAAGUCCCAAAAAGAGACACACAGCAGCACGGACAUAGACCAAAUCGUCACGAAAGAGGAAGAGGUCCCUCCACUUGAAAGCGCCCCCUGACUGAAGCAUGGAGGAAAAGCCAUUUUCGGUGAUUGUGAAUGGAGCUGUUCCAGGAGAACCUGUGAAGACGGAUAAGAACUCCAGGAGAGGGAAUUGGGGAAACCAGAUAGAGUUUAUCCUCACCAGCGUGGGCUAUGCUGUGGGCCUGGGAAACGUAUGGAGGUUCCCCUACCUCUGCUACAGAAAUGGAGGAGGAGCCUUCAUGUUCCCCUACUUCAUCAUGCUGGUGUUCUGUGGGAUCCCCCUGUUCUUCCUGGAGCUCUCAUUUGGACAGUUCGCCAGCCAGGGAUGUCUGGGGGUUUGGAGGAUCAGCCCCAUGUUCAAAGGUGUGGGCUACGGGAUGAUGGUGGUGUCCACCUACAUCGGUAUCUACUACAACGUGGUGAUCUGCAUUGCCUUCUACUAUUUCUUCUCUUCCAUGACCAACCUCCUGCCGUGGACCUACUGCAACAACCCCUGGAACACGCCCACCUGCAACGGUGUGGUGACUCCCAGGGGCAUCAACAACACCUUGGCCAAUGUCACCCGCAGCUUGGUCACCGGGGCCACUGAGGUUGCCGUGGAGGUGGUCAAUAAGACCAAGAGGACCAGCCCCAGCGAGGAGUACUGGAAACACUACGUUCUACAGAUCUCAGACGACAUCGGGAAUUUCGGUGAAGUCCGUCUCCCUAUUCUGGGAUGUCUGGCCGUGUCAUGGGUGGUGGUCUUCCUCUGUCUCAUUAGAGGAGUCAAGUCUUCAGGCAAGGUGGUGUACUUCACAGCCACAUUCCCCUACGUGGUGCUGACCAUCCUCUUCAUCAGAGGCAUCACCCUGGAGGGAGCUGUCACCGGCAUCAAGUACUACCUUACCCCACAGUGGCAUAAGAUCCUCGACGCUAAGGUGUGGGGGGACGCUGCCUCUCAGAUCUUCUACUCUCUGGGCUGUGCAUGGGGUGGGCUCAUCACUAUGGCCUCCUACAACAAGUUCCACAACAACUGCUACAGAGACAGCAUCAUCAUCAGCAUCACCAACUGUGCGACCAGCGUGUAUGCAGGCUUUGUCAUCUUCUCCAUCCUGGGCUUCAUGGCCCACCACCUGAACGUGGAUGUAUCUGAGGUGGCCGACCACGGUCCCGGCCUGGCCUUCGUGGCCUACCCAGAGGCCCUCACUCUGCUGCCCAUCUCCCCCCUCUGGUCCCUGCUCUUCUUCUUCAUGCUCAUCCUGCUGGGCCUGGGGACGCAGUUCUGCCUGCUGGAGACCCUGGUGACAGCCAUUGUGGAUGAGAUUGGUACUGACUGGAUCGUUAGGAACAAGACGGUAGUCACAGGAGGAGUGGCUAUAGUGGGCUUCCUGUUGGGGGUGCCGCUCACCACACAGGCUGGGAUCUACUGGCUGCUGCUGAUGGAUAACUAUGCUGCUAGUUUCUCUCUGGUUAUCAUCUCCUGCAUCAUGUGCAUCUGUAUCAUGUACGUCUAUGGACACAAGAAAUACUUCAAGGAUGUUGAGAUGAUGCUGGGUUUUCCCCCUCCAAUCUUCUUCCGGGUCUGCUGGAGAUUCGUGUCCCCCAUCAUCAUAUCUUUUAUCCUGAUCUUCACAGUGAUCCAGUACAAGCCGAUCACCUACAACGACUAUGUGUACCCCGGCUGGUCUCUAGCCAUCGGCUUCCUUAUGGCCAUGUCCUCCGUCAUCUGCAUACCCAUCUAUGCUCUCUACAAGAUUGCCAAGUCUGAGGGAACCACAUUUUUAGAGCGGUUGAAGAAUUCGUGCAAGCCAGACGUGAAGUGGGGCCCGGCCCUGAGUGAGCAUCGGAUAGGCCUCUACGCCACCCCAGGCUCAGAGGGAGAAGUGGAGGUGCGUCCCCUGAAAGAGGAGCUGAAGGAGAAGGAGAAGGAGGAUGAGAAGAGGGAUGAGAUCAGCCUCACCAUCCAGGGCAGCAAUGGCUCAACAGCACACAACACUACCCCCAGCGCAUAGAGGCCCCCACUGGGCUAGUGCCAGUCCCCACCCAACAACCCUUUCCCACAGCACACCGCAACGUGGGGGAGAGCCCACUCACUGGAGACCUUUACAUAUUGUAAGGGCUUAUUAUUUCUAACCUCUAGAGAAAUUGGCCGUCAUCCAAAAGAAUUUCACCUCUUGUUUCGACAUAAUUUAAUUAUGCAUUUUUUUUCUCUUCUUCAUAUUAUGCAGGUGUGUGUACACACUGUGAAUACAUGGCACAAUAGGGGAGGGACAACAUUUUUCUCCUUCAUCUGUAAAGAUAUCCAGCGGAAUUGGCAACUUUUCAAGUGGCAGUGCUGGGGGUUUUAAAGCUGGAGGCCAGGUGUUCUUUGGGCCAGUGCUGUAGACAUCUGAAUGGAACCACUCUAGGGACUGAUCUUUCCCUUCUGCUGUUUUAACUACGGUAUAGCUUUUGACUCUCAGUACCCUCUGAUACAAUAUAGUGUCCACUACUCAGACUGUUACGUAUGCUGCUUUAGUGUUACCCAGAACAACUCAAAUUGGAGUAAGCCAAUGGCUUUUUAGCUACUCAUCUGACACAUAUUUCAUUUGACUAACUAUACAGUUAAGCCCUUGUACUUCCAAUGAUGUAAACAACUAACAUGCAUUACAGCACCAACUCCCCACACACACAGAGCAUGUUGGUCUCCAGCUUUCUGAACAGCUACCCUGACUGAAGCACAUGACUUCCCAAUGCCCAUUCUCAGGGUCCCAAAAAAAUUGACUACUUACUGAACACGUUCAAUACCUGAGUAAAUGUUUCUAUGAUUAUGGUAGGCUUUACAUUAGAGAGGGAGCUAAGAUAAAGACAACCAUAACAUGUUCACACACAAAAACAAAUGGGUGGAUGGAUGCAACUCAGUACAAUAAAGUGCCAUCUCUCUUUUAGUCUUCCAAUCAUUUCCGCGGGAAAUGCAUCUCGAAAUGUGGCAUCUCACUUUUCGCAUCUCACUUGUGAAGGGAGCAUUUGAUUGAGGACCGAAGCAGCUAGCAUAUCGAGGAGGGAGUACACAGUGGUGUUGCCUCAUAGCCUCUGUUACUCACAAGUAGGAUUUGCCCCAACCAGGCAUGUUACCAAAAAACAUGUUGAACAUGCAUGAACUUUAAUAUCUCGGUGACAUAGCUGGAGUAUGUGUCUUUGUUAACUUUUUCAAAACUGAGAGACUUGCAUCAGCAGGUGUCUUUGCAGAGGAAAAUAAAUGUAUUUACAAGCGUUUUAAAGCUCUGAGCCAAGUAAUGGUGUGACUGGAUGUGGAAACAGGAAGGAGAGAGGCCAUUGGUUAGCCUGGUAAUGGAGCUUGUCUCCAGGAGAAUUUUAAAAAACUUCAGUCAUCUUUACUGAAUUAUGUAGUUUAUAUGUAGUUGUAUAGUAUCGUUCUCUCCAUAGAAUUGUCUUAUUUUUAUCUUUUAUUAUUGUAAAUUAACAUAGUAAAUAAUUAUAAGGAAAACAUGUUGAUGUUGUAAGAAGCAACAGUAUCUUAAGAAAUAACAGUAAUGUUUACCAUUCCUCAUCCAUGACUUGAUUUUUUACUGGUAAUUGUUUUAUUUUAGGGGGUUGGAGUGGGAGGGACAUGUAUUUCAGUCACUUUGUGAAAGGAUGCUGUUGUGGUUGUGUUUAGGGUGGGAGUAGUGCUCUCACAGGUUGCUGGAAUUGGCAAUUGUCAAGAAGUCCCAUCUCUCCAUCUAAUUUGAGGCAUUUGUCUCCGCUCUGUUACGUUGCAUCUGUGUUGCAGUGAGGCAACGACCAGUCUGUGGUAACAUUGUAAAUCCACUGGGUCCUUGCCUGGCCUACACUGAUGGAGAGAGGUAGUCUGGCAAUGCAGCUGCUAAAGAGCUAGAGCAUCGUAUCUUGGUGAAACUACAGAUUUUGUAUUUCUUCUUUAACCCGUACGUACGUCACUGUAUAUAAUGUUCAACAUCUUUAUCUGACUGCACAAAUCUAGUUUCUGCUGUCAUAUGACUAUGAGUUGUUCUCCUUCCAUUUUACUUCAGUUUCACUGUGUUAAAAGUGUCAUGACAGUUAGCUAUCCAGACUUUGUCCAAAAUAGAAACGAAACCUUGCAGUCCAACAGGAGGCAUGUCUGACACUCAGGGGAGUAGGUAGUGGUUAUUUUGUCCCACAUGGCUUCUUAUUGCCUAUGUAAUGGGGAAUAGGGUUCCAUUUGGGACCUACCCAAAGUUGUUGGUUAUUUAAACAAAAAAACAAGCACACCAGUAGGUUAGAUGCAGCCCAACAGACUCAAGUUUUACUUCAGAUGGAGACAAGACUAGUGUGUUCUCCUAUGAUGAUGACAGAAGCACAGUACAGCCACACUACUGAAUCUGUUAUAAAGCAGAGUAGUAGUGUUCCUGGAAUGACGAUAGCACAGGAUAUUAAUAAUGAUGUUGCUUUUAACUGAUGUGUGUGUCUUGAAAAGUUAGAAACACUAUGGAUACAUAUCAUUUUGGUAAUAAGAAGUUGACAGCAGGUGUAAAUGAGCUAAAGUGGGUUAGUAUAUAAUGACCCUGGUGACUUCAUUUGAUAACAGAAUUAUUCUCGACAUGCCGGCUGAGGCUAGGGAGUCCUCUAGGACUUUUAUUUCUUCUUCUUGUUGAACUGUUGACUUGUAGUCCUCUUCUUUAUAAUAGUAGUAAGUUAGGAUAACCACCAUGCUAUUGCAACCCUUUGGUCUCUGCUAUCCCCGGAAUUCUUCCUCUAUCAGGGGACUGGUGUUUGUGUGUUUUUAUUUGGGUGUAUUUUUAUUUUCUUAUAGUAUAAUUAUCCAGUGUUUAGUGUAAUAUGUAUUUAUGUGUAGUGGAUACCCUACUGAUAAUUACUAUGUUUAAACCACGAUAGUGUCAGUAUUGAUGUCAUGUAAUUCUAAUCAAUCAGUAACAAUCCAUUUUUUCAUCUAACAAAACACAAACUACCUAUUUAAGAGACCUUUUGUUUUUGUACAAAAAAAACAAACAUGUAUUUUAUCGUCACAAUUUCAUCAUCCAUGUUCAGUGACACUACCUUUAUCUUGUUCUAAAAGCCAGCUGAUAUCAAAAGUAUUGCCGAAAAAAAGCUUGGGUUGAAACUUGAAAUUCAAAAGGAAUGCAUUUACCAGUAUGUUCUGUUGGAGGUACAUGACAUGUCUGCAGCUACAUGACUGUUGGAGACGGUCCAUAAUAAGUGUUAAUCUAUUUUACAUAGCAAUAAUGCCAACAGUAUUAAGUGAACACUGUGGUACUGUACUGCAGUCACAUCUGUUUACAAUAUAGCGACUGUGCUGUACAUUUUUUGUGUAAACAGACUGGCCUUUUCAAUUUGGUGGAGGAGUAGUUUACGAGCAUUAUGUGGCAAAUAAAGAAAAGAAAAUCAAACAGCAUAAUCAGCAACAUUGCUCAGGCCCCAGGAAGAGUAGCUGCUGCUUCAGCUAAUGGGGAUCAGAAUAAAAGACUAGAUAACAUUGUAAAUGCAAUACAUGACAUAAGAUCAAAAUAUCAAUGUAUUGGGGAACUAUGUAUGAAAGGGUGAUUUUGUUUUCAUCUUAUUCUUCCUUUUUGGGAUUAUUAUUUCAUUAGCUUGGCAUUUUAUCAUUUGGUGAGACCCUUCCAUUAAAAUGAUCAACCUAAGCAAGUAGUGUAAAAGGACACAUUGAAUGAAUAUUCAUAUAUUUGUGACAUUGUAAUAGAAGCAAAUUGUUCAUCAACUCAUAUUGAAAUCACUGUAGUAAAAGUCUUCUAUAUAUGGAAUGUAAGAAAUGAAUACAUGUUAGCAAUUCUGAAAACACAUAGUAGGCUUUUACUGUACUAAAACGGAUUUAUCUGCUCUGUGAUUCACUACAAUCACAGAGAUGUCUGAAUUUUUUACAAGUUGUUUCAGCACUUUAAAUCAAGUCAUGUGUUUUUAACAUAUCUAAUAAUACAAACUUCCGUUUUGAAAUAAGGCUUUACAAUGGUCUGAGUAAACUGUUGUCACUGUCAGCAGAGUAGACAUGUUAUGCCAAUGUAAAUUCUAUCAUGAGGGAGAAUAAAGCACAAAUGAAAUGAACACAGUACUGGUACUUUAUCAUAUAUAUCUAACCAUGUCUCUUGUACCUUGGGGCCAAAAUCCAUUGAAUUGUCUUAGUCAUGUCAGCUGUAUAUCGUAAACUGUUCAAUUACAAAUGGUAAAUAAAAUCUAUUUUAAAGAUCA